UGCGUGUUUGCUCUUUGCUCGAUGUUGGUCACACUGCAUAGAAAUAAACAAAAGCUAAAAUGCGUUUAAUUUAAGCUAUAAGCAAUUCGACGAACAGUGCUAAACUGCAUUCCUUAAUUAGUUGCAAUUGUGUUGCGCUUCUCUCUCUCUAUCCAUCUAUCGCUGGCUGUAGCUUUUGUUUGUGUUUGCCAUGUCGAAACCGGGCGCAGGAAUCGUAGCCAUAUUGCCUGGCGGUGGCGGCGUUGAACCAAGUUCGCCCGUUCAAAAGGUGUGGAAACCCGAAUUGUAUAAAAUACAAUUGGAUGCCCCAGCACCGCAUCCAGUGCGUUGUCAACGCACUCUCGACACCACUCUGGAGGAACAGCAGCAAGCGAUGCGUUUGUAUGGCAGCGAAUAUCAUGGCAUCAUGGGACACCUGGAGGCCGAACAGCUGCUGUCGCAGGCCAACGAUGGCAGCUAUUUGGUGCGGCGCAGCCCCAAAACCGAUGGCUGUUAUCAUACGUUGAGUGUGCGCUUCAAUAAGCGCACCAAGCAUUAUAAGGUCUUCUAUAAGCCGGGUCAUGGACACUAUUUGCGGGAACAGGACAAGCACUAUGAGACGGUGCACGAAAUGGUCGCCGAUGGCCUAAUCAAUUUCCAUAUGCAGCUGCAUGCCAGUCCAAUCAUUCAGCAGAUCAAUCAGCAGACAAAGAACUGCUAUCAACAGAGUCCAUACAUGACGCUCAAUCGUCGCAAGCUACGAGCGCUGUCCAAUGAGCUGGGUGGCAAGGCCACUGCAGUCGGGGACGAUUGUGAUGGCAGCGUUACGCUCAAGGUGAGCCAACAACAAGAGGCCCCUCAGCAGCAGAAGGAAGUACCUCAGCAGCAACACCAACAGCAACAGCUGCCGGCACAGGCAACGGAUCCGAUGCCACUCGUUUACGAGAAGCCGCACAACUUCAAGGUGCACACGUUUAAGGGCCUCAACUGGUGUGAGUUUUGCGCCAACUUUCUGUGGGGAUUCACGGCGCAGGGCGUCAAAUGUGAGGCAUGCGGCUUUAUGGCGCACAACAAGUGCUCGGAACUGGUGCCGCCCAAGUGUGUGCCGGACUUGAAGUACAUUCGCGGCGUCUUUGGCACCGAUCUGGCCACCAUGGUGCAACUGCAUCAGUGUCACAUUCCCUUCGUGGUGCGUCGCUGCGUCGAGGAGGUCGAGGCACGCGGCAUGCUGCAGGAGGGCAUCUAUCGUGUGUCUGGCUUUGCCGAUGAGAUCGAUGCCUUGAAGCUGGCACUGGAUCGCGAUGGCGACAAAACGGACAUGUCCGAGGCAACCUAUGGCAAUGUGAAUGUGAUUGCCGGCACUUUGAAGCUCUAUUUGCGUCUGCUGCCUGUGCCGCUGAUCACGUUCCAGGCGUAUCCCAGUUUUAUGGCUGCAGGUCGAAAUGCCAAGCAGACGGAACAGCUGCAGUUGAUGGCGGAGGCAGCGCUGCGCUUGCCGCCAGCUCAUUACAGUUGUCUGCAGUAUAUGUUGGAGCAUCUCAAGCGCGUUGCUUCGCAUUACGCUGUCAACAAGAUGAACGAGCACAAUUUGGCGACUGUGUUUGCGCCCACGCUGAUUGCCACGCCCCAGCACAUGACGAAUCUCACGGAGGAGAUCUUUAUGCUCUCCUCGCUGAUCACGCACUGCGAAACCAUCUUUGCAUCAUCCAGCAACAUGAACUCGAAUUCCUCUUCGUAAAAAGGAACCCAGCAAACAAAACAUUUCCCAGUGAGCGAGCAAGCGCGAAUAUCAGCUAUCUCGCUCUCUCUUUAUUUUUA